CAAGCAGUGAGCUAAGCCUUGCUGAAUUAAAGGAAGAAGCUACCAGCUACAGAUCAAGAAAGUCUCUGCAAAGGGCUUUUUGCAAGAUAACUACUUCCAGUACGUGGUGCGAGGCAAAACGUAGAUUUCCUGCCUUCACUACCCCAGAGCGUCUGAGGACAUUCCACCAGAUAUGUUUAACCAAAACAAUACCGGCGUCUUUUCGUUCAUAUUGUGAGGCAGCUCUAAAAGCAGAAAAAUCAGGCAGCACAGACACUGUUGUCCCCUCGGCUGAUAUAUAUAAGUUCAGGCACUGCAAGGCUUAUGUGGUCGAAGGGGAUGCAGCAAACAUGUGCUGCCAAGAUGUUAGGGAUGUCUACCCUACAUUCAUGGGCUCAAAUCUCUUCCUGGCUGACAUACCCGUGGCGUGGACAACAGAACAAAUUCAAAGCCUUGUGUACACCACAAAACAGCUGAAUACAAUACCCGAGAAAACUGUGAGCACAUUUAAUGUUGCAUUGAUUAGCACCAGUCUCUCAAAAAUUGAAGAACUGAAGAAUUGUUUGUUGAAGUGCUACGAACACGUCAGUGUGUGCUACUGGCAGACAGCGUGCACAGGUGGCUUAGAUUCCACUCAUCCACUGGGAUUUAUCCCAUCAAUUGGUUGUGUGGUAGUGGGACACUACUCACUCAGUGGAAAGCUGGAGGAGGACCACUUUAACUUCGUUGAGGAAGGGCGGUCCAAUUUCUUCCCCUGUAUUGAUCAAUCCACUGCUAAGAUUCCGAUUUGUGUGCUGACAGGCAUUAUAAAGAAGCUGUCUUUUGAAGGGAGCACUGUUAUUGAUGCCACAAGUGAAUCUGGUAACUGUGCAAUCGCCUCACUACAAGCAGGAAGAGAUGUGGUGGUACUCAAGGCAUUGGCCCAAGCAGCACUUGCAAGAAGCCAGCUUGCAGAACUGUCAACAACAUAGCUAGCUAUGGACUAGACUAUACUAUACUGUUUCAAGCGUUCCGUUAACUUCUAUGUUACUUUGUAUAUGCGGAGUAUACGACUCGAUCUUCAUCUUAUUGAAUGUUCAUCUGGUUAAGCAAGUCAAUGGGUAUCAAUAGAAAAUAAUUGGUGUUCUCUAAUCUUUGAGAAAUUAACAGGGAUAUUAAACUAAAAAAAAUGAUUAUGAACAAAAAACAUAGCAUAUUAAAAUAAAAG